AUGUCUCUACUACUCUCAUACUGCCACCCACUACUAUCUGCGUACUGCUGCAUACGGGAGAACUACUCCAUCACGUCGUACUUUUCCUCCCCGGCUUCUCAAGCUGUUAAUGGUAACGUUACGGCAGCUGGAUUGGUAGUCUCGCGUCGAGUUCUCCGCACCUAG